UAAAGCGGGUGAAGUUUCAGAGAUGGAAUUGAAGAAAAAAACUACUACAAAUAUUAUAAAAUCUGGUAAUGUGAUAACUUUGUAUUUAUAAAACUGUGCAAAAUGCCUAUAAUGAAAGUACAAGUUGUUCAUCAUUUGGGUAUAAUUUCCCAAACACAAAAAGAGGAUUUGCAAAAAAUACUAAAAAAAACUCAAGCCGGCGUAACAAUAACAACAGAUUCAAAGGUUACCAGAAACCCAUUUGAAAUAGUAACAGAGCAGUUUAUUAAACAAUACAACAAUUCCCAGGCCUCUAAGAAACAAGAAAAGUUUGUUGAGCUGGCAAGGCAAUUACUCAGCCGGAGCAAGCGCAGAGCUGGACUGAAAUGCAUGGGUGAGGGAGACCACGUCAAACUUCCUCUGGCAUGGACAGAGCUGCUUUUACUUGGAUUGUGCCCUGGAAAAAUUCAAAAUGAUGCUUUGGAUUCCCUUCUGAUGUCAUUGGACCAUGCUCCGGUGCAUGCCGAUCAGAUACCUGUCCUCUUCUAUCUGGUGGAGUCAGUCUUGUACUGGGUUUGUACUGAUACGUCUCAGAAGCCCUAUUUGUACACCUGCGAAGUGAAGAUACUCAAGCUGGGAUAUUUGGUUAUCCUGAGACUAUUUCUAUUUCACAUCUCUGGAAACCUGAGCGGCUACCAAAAAAGCAAAUCCCACCUUUGCCAUUUUUUAAAAGCUCUCUGCCAGUGUGAAUCAAUCUACGAACCGCAUCCAAACAUCUUGCACUCUGUGCACUUUAUUUUACGUGCAGGGGAGAUAAUUUGUGGACCAGGAUGUUUUGAAAAAGAUUCAGCCCCGGACCCAGCUGGAUGUCAGGAGUACAACAUGAACCAGGUGCUCUGGCAUUGUCUUCUCAGUUGGUACUGCGUACAGAACAACGACGGCCAGCUCUCCCAAGAGGCACACCACCUCAUUCUGCUAAAAGAUGAACUGCAGAAAGACAACUGGGUGGACUGUGCUUUGGGAUUAAUGGUUCUGGGCGAAGCUGCGAAGUCCUGCUCGUUGUGCCUUCAGAUGUUGCUGAGUCUCCACAUCAACCCCAAGACAGAGAGAGAUGGGAUUCUUGAAGAAAAUUAUGUAAUUCCGUCUCAGGACAGUGUAUCUCAGAGGAGUGGCUGGCCAUGGCAGUUGGAACACAUCUAUAUCAGCAUGUUAGCAGACAUAUGCCUGCAUAGCAGCAAUGCAGAGAUACAGAAAACAGCUCUGCUGGGCAGACAAACCCCUCAAGGGUAUUAUAUUACAGAUGGACUGCUGCAAUGUCUCAAGUACUCUGGUGCUGAGGACUGGCGACUGCGCUACAGUGCGGUUCAGGCUUUGGUGUGUGUGUGCCGAGGGCUCAGUGGAGCUGUGUUGCAGGACGGGCUGAGGAAUGUGGCCUGGAUUGCUCUGCAGGAACACCUGGGCCAAGAGACAGACCAGCGAGUUCGAGAGGCCUCCAGGAUUAUAGAGGCUGAAAUUAAUGUUCCGGAGUACAUACUUUUCAGAGAGGGACGGAAGCCAUCAGAUCCUCGCGCUGCUAGCAUACCUGGACAUUUGAUCACCUGGAGGUUAGCAUGUACCCUCUCUCAGUUUUUCCUGUCCCCCAAGCCUCUCCAGGUCAACCACAGCACCAAGGCUAAGAAGGAACCACCACCUACCACUAUCAGGCCUUGGCUAAAAGCCUCUUCUUCUACACAUAAAGAAACCCUCCACUCUGCCAGGAAGACUGAGCGUCCAACCAGACAUCCAGAGGCUGGUCACAGUGCCCAGGGAGGAAGUAAGAAACACAAAUCUUACAUAGACUUCACUGAACGCAGAGAUGGCGACUUGAUGAGAGUUGUGGAGGACCAGUGGCAAAAAGUACUCCAUAUUAAAUUGGCCGAGGAGAAAGAUGCUGAAAAGGAUGAAUUGGAAAAUGUACAAAAAGAAAAAGAAGAACAUUUCAAAGAGAUCAUGAGGAGGCGGAUGGAAAAAGUCAAGAAGGACACUAAACCCUAUGAGCUGCCUGCGAGUGGGAGGUCAACACUAAUGGAGCGUGACUUCAUUCAAAGCGAUAAAAAGGACUUGUGGCAUGCCCUAAAUUAAAUACAUAUUCCAGAAAUGUUUUUA